GCGACAGCCCACUCAGACGACCCACGGUGCUCGUUUGGCGGCCGCGGAUCGAUAACAUUCACUUCCCUGGAGACAAUUUCGACAAAUUCCUAUGACUUUUCACGUGGCAACAUUGAGGUGCUAUUAUCCCCGUGCGUGUGAUACCAGAGGAGGCGGUCACAUCGUCGCUGUUCUCUGGCUCAAUAGGCCAACUGUUCCUUCCUUUGCAGACUUUCGUAAGUGCGGCAGCGCCAACGCACAGUGUCAAUACGAGCCUGCAUGGAGGAGUCCGCGGGGUUUUCCACUUGUUCCUCUUCAACCAAACCCCGCUAAAGUCUACGGAGCGACCACUUGAACAUGGCCCGGACCCUGGGACUGUUUGUGACUUGUUGCUUGUUGUUUCUUCCCUCCACCGGGGCGGAAGGGAAGCGCAGCAAGGAGAGAAUAUACCAUGUGGGAAUCAUUGAGGAUUCGUGGGAUUAUGCGCCAAGCAGAAAAAAUCUGCUCAACGGGAAACACGUCGAAAACGAUGAGCAUGCAUCUGUAUUCCUGGAAAGAGGACCCCACCGUAUUGGCAGUGUUUAUAAGAAGGCUAUGUUCCGACAGUAUACAGAUGCUACGUACAGCGUACAGGCUCCACGACCUGAGUGGUUGGGCUUCCUGGGGCCCAUACUGCGAGCUGAGGUUGAUGACGUUAUCGUGGUCCACCUGAAGAACUUUGGGUCCAGGAACUAUUCUGUGCACCCCCAUGGAGUUUUUUAUGAGAAGAAUGCAGAGGGGGCGCUCUAUCCAGAUGGGACAUCAAACUGGUUGAAGAAGGAUGACUCUGUGCCUCCGGGAGGGAGCUACACCUACCGCUGGGAGGUCAGGCCAGAAUUUGCCCCCACAGAUGAUGAUGCCAACUGCCUGACCUGGAUCUACCACUCUCACGUACAUGCUCCCAAGGACAUUGCCUCAGGACUUAUCGGGGCUCUGCUCACCUGCAAGAAAGGAAUGUUGAAGGAGACUAAUGAACCCGCUCCGACAAAGCCAGAAUCUGUCAUAGACUCAGCCCGCAAUGAUGUGGACCAGGAUGUCUUCUUGAUGUUCAGCGUGGUGGAUGAGAACCUGAGUUGGUACUUGGAGGACAACAUUCAGAACCUCUCUGAUCCACAUGGAGUUGACUUGAAAGACCCAGACUUUGAAGAGUCAAACCUGAUGCAUGCUAUUAAUGGGUACAUGUUUGGUAACCUGCCUGGGAUCGAGUUGUGCCAGCACCGUGAAGUAGCCUGGCAUUUGUUUGGCAUGGGUAACGAGGUGGACAUUCACUCUGCCUUUUUCCAUGGGAAUACACUGCUAGACCGUGGCCACCGCACCGACGUCCUCAGCCUGUUCCCAGCCACAUUUGCUACUGCUAAGAUGGUCCCGAAAGCAAGAGGAAAGUGGCUGCUGACCUGCCAGGUUAAUGACCACUUGCUGGCUGGGAUGCAGGCCUUUUAUGAGGUGAAGUCAUGUGACAGUGAGGCCAGCACCAAAGUGAUGGGGGGUGUUGUGAGGAAUUACUUCCUGGCAGCAGAGAAAAUCCAGUGGGCAUACGCUCCCUCAGAACAGGAUCUGAUUAACAAUGUAUCCCUUACUGAGGCCAACAGUGCAUCAGAGAUAUUUUUUGGCAGAAGUGGUGGAAGAAUCGGAGGUAAAUACCUUAAAGUGAUAUACAGAGAGUACACAGACAAUACCUUCACCAGAACAAUAUCAACAGCACCUGAUCCUGCACAUUUAGGAAUCUUAGGUCCAGUCCUGAGGGCAGAGGAAGGAGACACUCUCAGAGUGACAUUCAUGAACAAGGCUGAUAGAAAUUACAGCAUCCAGCCCCAUGGCUUGCACUAUGACAAGCUCUCCCAGGGAAGCACCUAUGAGGACGGUGUUGACAAGCCCGGAUCCCACGUAGGUCCAGGUGAACACUUCAUCUACACCUGGGAGGUCCUAGAAGGUCCUUCUUCAUCUGAUUCCCCCUGUAUCCCCUACCUUUACUACUCUGCCACUGAGCCUGCCAUGGACACCAACUCUGGAUUAGUGGGACCUCUGCUCGUGUGCAAGAAAGGAACGCUAGGGGAGAAUGGAACCCAGAAAGGUGUGGAUAAGGAGUUCUUCCUUCUUUUUUCUGUCAUGGAUGAGAACAUGAGCUGGUAUUUGGACGAGAAUAUCAAGAGAUUUGGCAGCAGCCAGACAAACCCAGAAGAUGAGGACUUCGAGGAGAGCAAUAAGAUGCAUGCUGUAAAUGGACGCAUGUAUGGGAACCUUGUCGGACUGGAGAUGUGUGCCGGGGACAAAGUUCAGUGGUACACCUUUGGGCUAGGUACAGAGGUGGACAUCCAUGGUGUUUAUUUUGAGGGGAACACCUUCAAGAAGCAGAGCACAACACGUGACACUCUCAGCCUGUUCCCUCACACCAGUGCUACUGUCACCAUGCAGCCACAAACUGCUGGUGUGUAUGAGGUGAGCUGCAGGAUAACAGACCACUACUCAGCUGGCAUGAGGCAACAGUACAGAGUGAGCUACUGCCCUGGACACAAACUGAACCACACACAUGCAGAGCCAACCAAGAUUGUGCAGUAUUUUAUCAGUGCUGAAGAAAUAGAGUGGGACUACUCGCCCAAGAGAGACUGGGAGCUGGAGAAUUACCAGGCCACAUCAGAAGACAGUCCAGGCAGUAUAUUUGUGGAGAAUGGCAAGAACAGAAUAGGCUCACGCUAUAAGAAGGUGGUGUAUAGAGAAUACACUGAUGACACCUUCAGAGUUCAGAAGAAACGGCAGCCCAACCAACAACACCUGGGAAUUAUGGGUCCAAUAAUCAAAGCAGAGGUAGGGGAGCAGAUCGUGAUCACAUUCAAGAACAAAGCCAGCCGGCCAUACUCGAUUAGUGCACAUGGAGUCAGGACCAGUGGCGCACACAUUCCUGUCCAACCUGGUUACAUACUCGAGUUGACGUGGGAUGUUCCUAUAAGCUCUGGUCCAGGGGUCUCAGAUCCUAACUGCAUCUCUUACGCCUACUACUCCAGUGUUGAUUUCAUUAAGGAUCUGUACAGCGGUCUUUUGGGGCCUCUGGUGAUAUGCAGGCCCGGGACUCUGCAGCGUGGUGAGGGUGCCGACAGACAGAGGGGUGACGUGGAGAAGGAGUUUGCACUGCUCUUUAUGGUGCAUGAUGAAAACGAGUCCUGGUACUUGGAUGACAACAUCAGAACAUACCUUGGCGUCAACCCUGAUACCUUCAUGCAAGACGAAGACUUUGUAGAGAGUAACAUGAUGCACGGGAUCAAUGGUAGGCUGUAUGGUAACCUCCAUGGACUGGUGAUGAUGCAGGGCCAGAAAAUUGACUGGUAUCUACUGGGCAUGGGCAAUGAAGUGGACAUGCACACCGUUCACUUCCACGCUGAAACUUUUACCUACAAGACUGAUCGUGUGCACCGUGCGGAUGUCUUCGACCUCUUCCCUGGGACUUUCCAGACGGUGGAGAUGGUGGCUGGGAACCCAGGAACUUGGUUGCUCCACUGUCAUGUGACUGACCACAUCAAUGCCGGCAUGGAGACCACUUUCACCAUUAAAGAAAAAUCCUCACAUGCACCAAGAGCUGAAGGCUCCACAAAGAUGCUGCUGCUCUCGCUGGCACUUGGUCUUAUGGCUGUAGGUGGACUGCACUGACGAGAGGGCUCUAACACUGGACUGUAUGUGUUUCACCACAAUAAUGCACUUAAAAAAUUCCAGGGACAAAAUCACUGAUGCAUAAUUAUGUGUUUGCUGGAGGUUAUGUAUAUAAAUAUAAAAGCAAUGAUCAGACCAGUUGAAAUAUAUCAGCGACUGUACAAUCUUGUAGAAAGUUCAAGAUCAUUUUAUUUCCGGGGACUGUUCUGUUUUCUGGCAUGUGACACCUUGUUUGAAGCUGUUAGUUCUGCUGGUCUUGAAAAGCACUGUUGUACCAAAUAUUUGAUUCCAGUUAUGAAUGUGCAAUAAAAACAUUGUGAUAUU